AUGAAAUUCCCUUGUCAGCUUCUGGGGCUGCUGAUGCUCUGGAUCCCAGGAUCCAGUGGGGAGGUCGUGAUGACGCAGACCCCACUGUCCCUGCCUGUCACCCCUGGAGAGCCGGCCUCCAUCUCCUGCAGGGCCAGUCAGAGCCUCCUACAUAGUGAUGGAAAAUCCUAUUUGAAUUGGUACCUGCGGAAGCCAGGCCAGUCUCCACAGCCCCUGAUCUAUGAGGCUUCCAAACGUUUCUCUGGUGUUCCAGACAGGUUCAGUGGCAGUGGGUCAGGGACGGACUUCACCCUGAGAAUCAGCAGGGUGGAGGCUGACGAUGUGGGGGUUUAUUACUGCCAGCAAGGUACACAUGCUCCUUGCACAUGGGCCACCUUUGGCCCAGGGACACGUCUGGAGAUUAAACGGAAUGAUGUCAGGCCAUCCGUCUUUUUGUUCCCGCCAUCUCCGGACCAGUUACACACAGGCAGUGCCUCUGUCGUGUGCAUGCUGAAUAGCUUCUAUCCCAAAAACGUCCAAGUCCAGUGGAAAGUGGAUGGGGCUAUCCAAAACACAGGCAUCCAGGAAAGUGUCACAGAACAGAACAGCAAGGACAGCACCUACAGCCUCAGCAGCACCCUGACGAUGUCCAGUACAGAGUACCAAAGUCAUGAGAACUACUCCUGCGAGGUCACUCACAAGAGCCUGUCCUCCACCCUUGUCAAGAGCUUUCAAAGAAGCGAGUGUCAGAGUGUGGCCUAGCAGGCCCCCCACCUGCCCCUCAGUCCCAGGCUCCCUGCCUCCCCCCGUCAGGCCUCUGGCCGUUUCCCCAUCAGAGACCCACCCCUGUUGCAGGUCCUUCUCCCCACCUUACUGCCUCCCCUUCUUUGGCUUUAAUCAGGCUAAUAAUAUUUGGGGGAAAAUGAAUAAAUAAAGUGACUCUUUGCA